UUUGAUUCAAUUCAAAGCAAUUCAAAGAAUUAAAGCAAACAAAAGUCGAGUUCGCCCUUUUAAUAAAAUUUAUUAAAAGACCAACUGUAAAUCUACAAGUAAGAUCAUCAAAAUGGGAGACCACGAUGAAUUUGAAGAUAGCCAGUUCCCGGACAACGACGAAUUUAUUCCAUAUGUAACUGCCGGUAACUUGCAACAGAAAAAUGGCGCGAAAGUAGCUCUUUGGGGGAAAGUUACUAAGGUAUCUGCAAGCGAAGGUUUCUAUAUAAAGACAGUCGACGAUCAAGAAGUUUUAGUAAGGGUGAAGAGGCCGCUUGAUGAGCCCUUGGAGGGUUGGUAUGAAGUUUAUGGAGUAUCUCAAGGCAAGAGUGUUCUUUGUGAUGAGUAUGUCCCAUUUUCUCAAGAAAUGUGCAAGAAUAUAGACACAGAAGGUCACAAAGGGUUGGCAAGGCUACUAGCUGCUCUAGAUGAUCCUUGGAAUUUGGGUGAAGAUAACUACAUGGCUGGUGUAGAACCUAUGGAGUAAUUUGUUUUGGAUAUGUUGUAAUAUAAGAACUUGCUAAAGGUAUCUUGCAGAAUAUUUUAAAGUGAAGUUUUACUCUGAACAAUAUUCUACAAGUGCUUCCAUUGCUAAAAUAGUUUGUUUUGUUACUGUUGUUACUGUAUAUGUAUUAACCCAUGGUGCAUCCCAAGCCCUGACUUGGAUCUAAUGUUUAUGAAGAUUAUUCCUUAGUCUGAAAUUGGCACAUGUCACAGGUUAAUAUAGUUAUUGUUUUUAAUAAAAUACUUAUUUCAAAUAAA